AUGUCAUCCCCAUUCUCGACUUGGUUCCUCAAGGGCAUCAACCCCGGGACUGUUAUCACUCUAAAUCAACCUGUCUCUUCCCAGUGGAAGAUCAUCAAGAAACUGAACGAGCAUGAGUUUCAGGUCAACAAGGAGGAAAACGAUGACUAUGGCUUCUGUUCUUUCGCCUCGGCCAAGUUCCAAUGCUGUGACCCCAAACAACCUUCAAUGAAAGCCUUCAUGCGAAUGUAUAUUCAAGUUCCCCAUCGAAAAACUGAAAUGGAUGAUGCGAAUACCAGGGGCCAACAAGCCACAACAUUCACCCCGCCAGAAUUAAUCGCCUAUCGGGACCUCACCCAAAAGCACUCGAGUAACACACCCAAGCUCAUUGGAUACAAGACUGGUACCCAGGAUCGGUCAGGGCUAGUUCCUGGUGGGUUUAUUACCUGGCUUGUUUGGGAAAUCGUUCCAGGGCAACGCCUCGGACAUAGCAAUGGCGCUGGUCCAUUCUGGGCUCUUGAAGGCGAUGAAAGAGAGCGAGUCCGCACAGAGUUUGUCAAGGCUCUUCCGAAGCUAGUAGAGAACGGAUGGUUCCCUACUGUGUCUAGGGCAAGAAGUCUAGUUUGGCACCGGGACACUGAAACACUCUACUUUGUUGGACGCUUUAGCAAGGCCGGCAAGCGCAAACGUCCUGUCGAGGUUGCCGAGUGGAUAGCGACUUUCGAGCUCGCUAAACCUGUCCCUCCAGUCAGAUGGGGGGAUGACGACUGGGAUAAAGAUACUUCGCACUGGGAAUGGUAG